AUGUCUGGGAUCCGGAAGUCAGGACGUCAGCGUCCGCGGAAGAAAUACACUGUAGAUGCCUUUGCAGGCUUGGACAUCAACUUGCUAAACUCCUCUGAGGACGAACUUCUGGCCGAGCCGCCGGAGGAUCUCAGCAACGACCAAGAAUAUGGCGAGAAUGUCGAAGAGGGAGCAGGCACAGCUGAUGAGGACCUCUCAAUGGAUGAAGGUUCUGGAGCUGAUGCAUCUGCUGCGGAUGACGCUGGAGAGUACGGUUCUGAGCUCGAUGAGGAUGAAUCUGGUGUUGAGUUUGGUGAACCUAGGGUGUCGAUCCCUAGAGGUCAGAAAAGGCUCCUUAUACCCGGUCAGCCGCACAGAACCAAGCCAAGUGAGGAUCCGGCAAGUAACUUUCAUAUUCGCGGCCUACCUGAAGGGCAUCACCACGCCGCCAAAGAGAUCCGUGCCGCAAAUACCUUCGGCCCAGCACCAGAAGACAUUAUGCCGGCCAUUAAAGCUAGGAUCAAGUGGGGUGCUCAAGCGACGCUCCCUUCAAGAACUGAGGACAAUGCUGGCAUCGGUGGAAUGUCGCACAGUCUUUACUAUGACGACGAAACUCGAGAGCUUCAGGCAACAGAAGGUUGGACGUGGUAUCGUGACGAAGGCGGCAAGGCAGCCUUUGAUAGUCGGCAGAGUACACAAGUUCUCAGCGCAGGAGAUGCAAUUCCCUACCUUCCAAAGUUCAGGUCUGAUUCACAGAGUUUUCUUAUGGGUCCGUUCGCAAAUCAAGGCUGUUUUACUUUAGAGACAGGGUCGAGUAUGCACCUCACAGAUGCAUGGCCGCAAAGCAACCAUGGUCGACCACGAAUAAGGCCCAAGGAAGGAAGAGACGGUUGGAUCGUCAACGUCGGGACUCGAAUACAUUGUCUGGACUGGGUCCCGAACCAGGCCGGUACAACUCAAUACCUUGCUGUGUCUACGCUACCAACCUCCGGGCAAGCGAGUGGAGGUUUUCCAUCGACAAGUUCCACAGGCUCAGAUGCCCCAGCAUUUACACCUUCGGCGCCAACGCCAGGAUCAAUACAGAUCUGGGCAUUUGGUACCGGAUCGACAUCAGAGGGAGAUGUCUCACUCAGUGCAGAGAGGCACCCAAGACUUCGGCUUGUCAUUUGCACCGACUGGGGCGAUCCAAAGCAAUUUAAGUGGUGUCCGUUGCCUUACAAGGACAUCCCACACGAAGCUACUAGUGAGACAGGUGUACGUCUAGGACUCCUGGCCGGUAUCUGGGGGGAUGGCAAGAUCAGAGUCUUGGAUGUCAGGUGUCCAAACUCGGCAACAGACUCGACACAGCACAUACACAUCAGCGCUGCAGCUUUUGAAGUCCGUGCUCCGGGUACAGUCUUUACAUGCUUGACGUGGCUUUCUACAAAGUCUAUCACCGCUGGUUGCGCCAAUGGUUUCGUAGCCCUUUUCGACAUUUCAAAGACGCUUACCACUCAUCCCCCGAGCACAUCCUUGAUUCCUCGUCCUUCGCUCUACCAAUGCUUUCACCAAGCCUACAUCCUCUCGCUUGUCUCCGCUCAUCCAUCUCGUCCAUACUUUCUCGCUACCAGCAGCAUGGACGGCUACCUCCGGCUUACUGACUUGCGUGCGCCGAACCUUGACUACGUUUACAGCCAGCGCAACCGCGUUGGUAGCCUGCCCAUUGCAUGGCACGAAGUCUCUCAGAGCGUGCUAGUAGCCGAUGAGCUCUACAAAGUCCAGUGCGUAUUGCUCAGACGCUUCUACACUAAUGUAGCCGUUGCUAGGUUCUCAGCGCAGGCACUUUCUAUUGCUACAAGUCCUGUUCAUCCAUUCGCCCUAGUGGCCUGCGCGGACGGCACUGUGACUGCGACGAACCCGUUUCGCCGGGCUAUUGAUAACAAGGUUACGGUCUUCCAGCAGAAGUGGUUUGGGCACGAGUGGAGGAGGGGCAUUAAAGCAGACGAGCGUGCAGACUCGCAGACAGCACCACGUGAUGCCACAACAACUCCGCAGCAAAACGGCGAUCAGGCUUCAGAAGACGUGAUGGAAGUUGAUCAAUCGCCACAGCCAACACCAGUACCUGUACUAGACCGUCACCAUCCACCCGAAGACUCUCAUAAUGUUACAGUCUUCCAAUCCGCCCAACUCGCUCAACCCGUCAGCUCUCUUGCGAAUGCUCAAGUCCCCAAAUCCGCCCUCGAGAAUCCGCUUGUCCGUAUCACGGACGGCUUCAAGAUUGAGCAGCCCGGCCUCAUCCAAUCGGACAACCAGUCCCACAACGUCGCCAACGGCUCGGUGUACUCGACCAUCUUCGAAGAGGAAACGGCGGUCACGCAGGUGUGUUGGAAUCCGAAUCUUCACUGCGGUGGAUGGGCCGCGGCGGGUAUGGGUAGCGGGUUGCUGCGGGUGGAGGAUCUUGCUUUGUGA